CCGCCCCUCUCCCGGCGGCCGCGGGUUUCUUGGACUCUGCCCGAGCUGGUCCCGGGGCAGCCGCACUUGGGGCCGGCCGGAAUCAGGGUCAUGGCAGUCCCGGGGCCCGCGCCUGGGGCUGCCGCCAGGCCCAAGUUAGAUCUGCAGUUUCUCCAGCGGUUCCUGCAAAUACAAAAGAUUUUGUUUCCCUCUUGCUCAUCGCAGAAUGCCUUGAUGUUCCUGACCCUGUUAUGUGUGGCCCUCCUGGAGCAACUGGUGAUCUACCAGGUUGGCUUGAUCCCCAGUCAGUACUACAGGGUCCUGGGAAACAAAGACUUGGAUGGGUUUAAGGCCCUGACGUUCCUGGCCGUCGUGCUCAUUGUGCUCAACUCCAUGCUGAAGAGCUUUGACCAGUUCACCUGCAACCUGCUGUAUGUGAGCUGGAGGAAGGACCUCACCGAGCACCUCCAUCGCCUCUACUUCCGCGGCCGCGUGUACUACACCCUCAACGUGCUGCGGGAUGAUGUUGAUAACCCGGACCAGCGCAUCAGCCAGGACGUGGAGCGGUUCUGCCGGCAGCUCAGCAGCAUGGCCAGCCAGCUGAUCAUCUCCCCCUUCACCCUGGUCUACUACACCUAUCAGUGCUUCCAAAGCACAGGCUGGCUCGGGCCUGUGAGCAUCUUCGGGUAUUUCAUCCUGGGGACCGUGGUGAACAAAAUAUUGAUGGGGCCCAUCGUGGUGAAGCUGGUGCAUCAGGAAAAGCUGGAGGGGGAUUUCAGGUUCAAGCACAUGCAGAUCCGGGUGAAUGCUGAGCCUGCUGCUUUUUACAGAGCUGGGCAUGUGGAGCACAUGAGGACUGACCGCAGGCUGCAGAGACUCCUUCAGACCCAGAGGGAGCUGAUGUCCAAGGAGCUCUGGCUGUACAUUGGUGUCAACACAUUUGACUAUCUGGGCAGCAUCCUGAGCUAUGUUGUGAUCGCAAUCCCCAUUUUCAGUGGUGUUUAUGGAGACCUGAGCCCCACAGAGCUCAGCACCCUGGUCAGCAAGAACGCCUUCGUGUGCAUUUACCUCAUCAGCUGCUUCACCCGCCUCAUCGACCUCUCCACCACGCUCUCAGACGUGGCUGGUUACACACACAGGAUCGGGGAGCUUCAGGAGACCCUGUUGGACAUGUCCCUGAAGUCACAGGAUGGUGAGGCCCUGGACGAGAGUGAGUGGGACUCACACCGGGCCCCAGGACGGCCAGCGGCAGAGCCAGGGGACACAGCUUUUCUUCUGGAGCGGGUCUCCAUCUCUGCACCCUCCUCCAACAAACCCUUAAUCAAGGACCUGAGCCUCAAGAUCUCUGAGGGGCAGAGCCUGCUCAUCACAGGCAACACGGGCACUGGCAAGACCUCCUUGCUCAGGGUUCUGGGCGGCCUCUGGGCGAGCACACGGGGCUCAGUGCAGAUGCUGAUGGACUUUGGGCCCCACGGGGUGCUGUUCCUGCCACAAAAGCCGUUCUUCACUGACGGGACCCUUCGGGAGCAGGUGAUAUAUCCCCUGAAGGAGAUCUACCCGGACUCAGGUUCUACUGAUGAUGAGAGGAUCAUGAGGUUCUUGGAGCUGGCAGGCCUGUCCAAUUUGGUGGCAAGGACAGAAGGGCUGGACCACCAAGUCGAUUGGAACUGGUACGAUGUUCUGUCCCCCGGAGAGAUGCAGAGGCUGUCUUUUGCUCGGCUCUUCUACCUGCAGCCGAAGUAUGCAGUGCUGGAUGAAGCCACCAGUGCCCUGACCGAGGAGGUGGAGAGUGAGCUUUACCGCAUUGGCCAGCAGCUGGGCAUGACAUUCAUCAGCGUGGGACAUCGGCGCAGCCUCGAGAAGUUUCACUCCUUGGUUUUGAAACUCUGCGGAGAAGGAAGAUGGGAACUUACCAGAAUCAAAGUGGAAUGAAGCCGAGGCUGUGGCUGACCCCAAAAGGAGGCCCAAGCUCGGGGCAGGCAGGUUGGCAGUCCCCAGGAGGCACCCAAGGCCCCAGGUUUGCCUCUCAGGCUCUUUGCAGGGAGCGCUGGCAGCGUGGGCUCACCUAGGUGUGGCCCCCACGGGCGCUCAGUCUGCCAGACCUCCCGCUACCUCAGCCAGAGCUUUGUGCAGUUGAAGUACCGAUUAUUUACUUAUAAAUUGCUUCAGAUUUGUUUUCUAAAGAAAAACCCGGAAGUGUGGGAUCUAUAAGAAAUAAAGGAUCAACGUGGAGAGAAUAUUGGACUUGGAGUCAAGAGAUCCAGAAAUCUUUUUAUUUGGUUAAAUUUCUCAACAAUAGAUUUUUUAAC